AUGUGUCUAGAUGACGGUUGUGAUGAUAUUCUUUGCUGUCUUUGUGUUCCUCUAGCUGCUCUCUGUUGCUGCAAAUGCUGUAAAGAUAUGAUGGAUUCAAAUUCUCGUAAUAAUCAAGCACCAACAACUGUUUAUUAUCAGCAACCAGGUGGUUAUGUUCCAGCAGCAGGUGUUUAUGGUCCACAAGGUUAUGGUCCAUCUCCUCAAAAUCAACCACAAUAUUAUCCUGGAGGUGCACAACCUUAUUAUCCGCCUUCAAAUCAACAACAAGGUUAUCCACCUCCAAAUCAACAACCUGGCUAUCCACCAUAUAAUCAAGGAAAUUAUUAUCCACCACAACAAGGUUACGGUGGUCCACCACCACCUUAUAUUAAUCAACAACCAAAUCCUUAUAAGUAA